GCCUAAGAGGUGUCUGACACCCUCCAGCACAGUCAGGUGCACCGCUUCAGUGAUGCUGCCCCUCUCCAACUGUUCACUACAGUAGGCUGCCCCUUUGGAAAGAGCUUGAACUGUCUUUGUUCAAUAACAAGGAGAGAAAAGUACAGGGGCGCACUGUGCUUUUACGCAUGGAAGUUGGAAUCAGCCUAAACACAUUUACGCAUGGCUGUGUCUCGUCUCCUCGGAAGAUGCGUCCGGGCUUGUGAGCUUCUCAGCGCGUCAAGUGCGGGAUAAAAAGUGAGCAACGAUGCGGGGCACGGAGCUGCUGCUCGGGUACUUUCUGGUGAAAGUUAUGGUGUGCGAUGCAGAGGGCGAGCCGGGUCAGACCGUCGACGACUUCAUGCUGGUGACCGGGUUUAACGACUCAAAGGAUGGGGAGAUCGCAGUCACGGAGACCCCGCACAUGGAGGACAAUUGCCGCGGUUACUACGACGUGAUGGGCCAGUGGGAUCCGCCGUUCGUGUGCAGGACGGGCAGCUACCUGUACUGCUGCGGCACCUGUGGCUUCAGGUUCUGCUGCGCGUUUAAAAGCUCCCGGCUGGACCAGACCACCUGUAAGAACUACGACACCCCGCCGUGGAUGAUGACAGGAGGAACGCCGCCAAAAGUGGACGUGGCACUGGACGCCGCCAAGGAUAAAACCAAUCUGAUUGUGUAUGUCAUAUGCGGGGUCGUGGCCAUAAUGGCACUGAUAGGAAUUUUCACCAAGCUCGGUUUGGAAAAGACGCACCGUCCGCACCGAGAAAAUAUGUCAAGAGCUCUUGCACAUGUUAUCCGCCAUCCUGCCUCAGAACAUACGGAUGACAUUGGACUUGGCCAGCACUACGAGAACAUACAAACCAGAGUCACAGUAAACAGUCUCCAUAGCAACCAGAUGAACAACGUGGUUCAAGCAUCGACUUUGAUAGCUCAGCCUUACCCGCUCGUGGGACAGAUCACCAGCCCCUACGAACAACAGAAGCCUGUCAAGGAUCUCAACAAGUACGCCACGCUUAAGGCUGUGGCAGAGAAAGCUAAUGACAGCUUCUACAGCAACCGGCGGCAAGUGAUUGAGAUGACAACCAAGGGCAGCCUUCCCAUGGAAGCUGUGGACAUGGAGCCGGAGCCGAGCAAUCCUUACAGCCCGCCCAGACAGCUGUCGUCAAAACAGAAUGGACACAAGUACAAGAGCCCCAAGAGCCGCAGCGCCCAGUCGCUGUGCUACGGCUCCAACACUGCCGUCAGCCCGGGGGUGCUAAGAUCCUGGGAGAGCAAGGACAUGCUGGGCCUCCGACACAGCUAUGGCCCAAAGAAACUCUGCAUCAUAGAGAAGGAGCUGCACACCACUCGUUACUUGCCUCCGCAACCGUACUUUGUCACCAACAGCAAGACAGAAGUGACAGUAUGAGGGAAUGUCUGAGCACCAGGCUUAAAAAGGAGUCUGCGUCAAAGGGAGGCAGGAGCUGCUGACUGUGGGUGGUGUUGUCAGACAUCAGCAUGGACUGUACGUGCAGCUGUGCGUGUGAUGGGCAUCAUUUAAGAUGCCACCUAAAGGUGAAGUGUACUAUCAAAGGACUCAGUAUCAAUUACCGUUCUGCAGGAGGGCACAGUGAUGAAUAUGUUCCAUCGGUAUUCGUAUAAUCCAACUGCUAAAACAAAAAACAAAACAUAACUCAUAUAACACAGACAUGACACAUACAGUACUGUUGUCAGUAUUUACUGAGAUAUCAAUGGACCUAAACAUUAAAGCAUAUUGUAUAAUUU